AUGUCUCUUUUCAAGGUUAUCAGUUUUCUGGUCUAUUUUCGCACGAUUGUGGUGGUCAAGGCGGCCCUAUACGGAUUUGCUUUUGAAAACGAUGAAAUGUUCGAUGACUGUCCCGAUGUGCCGUAUAGCGUCAAUGUCUUAGAUAUUGGUGAUCUUUCGAAUAUAGAAAUGGAUUAUACAGAUGGAUUUGUAAGUGUCAGUGGUAAUCACACUGUCACCUGGGAAGGUGUUCAACCAACAGAUCGUAUUGAGUGUAUUGCUGAAGUAUAUCAGUUUCGUCGUGGCGCAUGGCAACCCACUCCAUUUACCAUCAUAGAAAAGGAUUUCUGUAAAGUACAAUUUGAUCCGACAUCAGUAUGGUAUCAGGUUUGGUCUAAACACAUACCCGAGCAUCUACGAAUAUGUUUCAAUAAUUAUGGUAUCAUGUAUGCCUAUGAACCAUUUACUGUGGAUGCCCGCUUUAAUUUCAUCACCUUUGUUGAGGGACGUUAUAAGCUGGUGGGACGCGGUUUUGCCUAUGAUGAGCGAAAUCUAAAGCGUAAGGUGUCGUUAAAAGGUGUAUCGGCAUCGGAGGAGGCAGUUGUGGUGCUGGUGCAUUCGUAA